AUGAGCGGCACCGCGUUGAACAAGAUCGCCCACAACAGCCCUUCGAGGCAGAACCCCUCCGAGCUCGAGCAGAGCAUCGCCCAGGCCCUGUUCGACCUCGAGAGCAACACCGCUGACCUCAAGGUCGCCCUCCGCCCUCUGCAGUUCGUCUCUGCCCGCGAGAUCGAGGUUGGCCACGGCAAGAAGGCUGUUGUCAUCUUUGUCCCCGUCCCCCUCCUGCAGGGCUUCCACCGCGUCCAGCAGCGCCUCACCCGUGAGCUCGAGAAGAAGUUCUCUGACCGCCACGUCCUGAUCCUGGCUUCCCGCCGUAUCCUCCCCCGCCCCAAGCGCUCUGCCCGCUCCCGCAACACCCAGAAGCAGAAGCGCCCCCGCUCCCGCACUCUCACCGCCGUCCACGACGCCAUCCUUACCGACCUCGUCUACCCCGUCGAGAUCGUCGGCAAGCGCCUCCGCACCAAGGAGGACGGCUCCAAGCUCCUCAAGGUCAUCCUCGACGAGAAGGAGCGUGGCGGUGUUGACUACCGCCUCGACACCUACUCCGAGGUCUACCGCCGUCUCACCGGCCGCGGUGUCACCUUCGAGUUCCCCCAGAGCGGUGCCUCUGACUUCUAA